ACACACACACACACCAGGCAGUGUAUUUGCCAGCCAGCCUUCACACAGUCCAGACUGACUCACUGACCGGACUCUUCUCGGAGCGCUCAUCUCAUCUGUCUAAGGAAGUAGCGCUUUUUCCUUUUCGUGGAAUUCACCGCGGUGGUCGGAAACAUUUCUAAACUGGAAUUGAAUUCCGCCGAUGCUGAGGUGUACGGGUGACUCCAGGAGGAGAGCAGGUGGAGCUCUUACCAUGUGGAUCCCGACCCCCGGCACGACUCACCCCCAGCGGCUGGUGCUGUACGGGACGUGCGCGCUGGCCUUGCUAAACUCCGUCGGCCUCCUGGUGCUUCUGCUCCAGCAGGAUCGCCAGCACGUCCUCCUGGAGCAGACGGCGGCCAGGCUGACCGAGGUGGAGCAGAGCUCGGUGGUGGAGUUCCUCCAGGAGGUGCCCCGAGAACGAGCGGCGGCGCAGAGGAGUGUUGGGAAACCUCAGCAUCGAUACUCCAGGAACAAGAGAAGCGAUGCGCUCGAGCUGGAUGAGGUGCAGGAGAAGGCGUUGGAGGCGACGCAGGAGACGGCCAUAGGGAUGGGUGAGGAGCAGGAGACGGAGCGGGAGCUUCACCGCGGGGAAGACGCGGAGGCAAAUCAGCAGGAGGUCAACCAGGAAGUCGGAGAGGAAACCGAGAUCAAGCCCAAGCAUAAUCAGAAGCCCAAACACCGUCAUAACCAUCGUUACCGCAAGGAGUACGUGCAGGAUGACAUGAUGAUGAUGCUCACUUACUCCAUGGUGCCGAUUAAAUUACUGAUCGACAUUUGUAACAGCACCAAAGGAGUCUGCAUAGCUGGACCCCCAGGACCACCUGGUUUGCCCGGUGCCGAUGGCACGCCUAGCGCCAACGGGACGGACGGAAUUCCGGGACUGAACGGGCUUCCGGGAGCUGACGGUAAACGGGGGAAAAGAGGACUGCCGGGUGACAAGGGAGAACCAGGAGAGCCCGGGCCCCCUGGACAAGAUGGCCGACCCUCCAACGACGUAAUCAUCGAGGGUCCUCCUGGACCCCCUGGCCCGCCUGGUCCGCCUGGCCCCCAUGGACCUCCAGGACCUCAAGGGCCCCCAAGAACAAGGCACCUUAGAGCCCACCUCCAUGCUGCUCAGACCAUGGAAGAACCAUUCUAUCCAAUUCCAAAUGAUGAGACCUCGUUUGUGAAGGCUUCUGGGAAACUCCACGAGAAGGCACCAAAGAGGAGCGAGUGCCUGAUAAAGUCUCUGAUCAACCCCAGGAACGUGACAAAGAUGGAGAGCACAUUUGGCACGUGGAUGAAAGACACCGCCGUGCUCAAUGACGAACGCAUAUGGGUGGCGGAACACUUUUCAGGUCGUGUGCUGAGGGAGUAUCAGAGCAUCGCGGCCUUCCAGCACAACAUCAGCGACGUGGUGAACGUUCGCAAGUUCUACCAGGGGUGCGGUCACACGGUGCACAACGGCUCCUUCUACUACCAGAUCGCUGGCACGUCCAGCAUUGCCAGAUUUGAUUUGGACAGCAAGAAGCUUCACACACUCACGGUAGAUAACGCUCUCUACCACAACCUGGCCUAUCUGCUGCACAACUCCAAGACUUACUUCAAACUGGCGGCAGACGAGAACGGCCUGUGGCUGAUCUUCGCCUCCGCCGUGGACGAGAGCGUGGUGGUGGCCCAGCUGGACCAGAAGACCUUCUCCGUCACCUCCUACAUCAACACCACCUACCCUCGAACCAAGGCCGGCAACGCCUUCAUCGCCUGCGGGGUUCUGUACGUCACGGACACCAAGGACGCCAGGGUCUCCUUUGCGUAUGACCUGCUGAAGGGCAAACCGGUUAAUGUAACCUUUGACCUGAGGCCUCCAGGUGGAGUGCUGGCUAUGCUGUCUUACAGCCCCAAGGACAGACAUCUGUACGUGUGGGACCACAACUACGUCAAGCUCUAUGUGGUCCACUUCAUCUCUGAUGAAUGACGACACACAGCUGAUAAUCAAACUCUCCGUUUGUAAGCAUUACAAAGAUUCGCAAAGUGCACGCAAAAAGGAUCUUUGGAUUAAAUCUUCCAACUGUACAAAAUGGGUGGCUUAAACUUUUUCUUAAAAUCCAGUAGACUGGUUCGAAUAUGGUGCAAAUCGACACAACUAAGAGUUUUACAAGAUUGGAUCUGUCGCUUGGCCACUUCUUUGCUUUGACUUGAGAACACAAAUCAGAGCUACGACUCAGCACUGCACGGUGGCAGUGAAGUCAAUUCUUCCCCCCAAAAAGGCUUCAAGCCUCGUUUAAUGCCUCUCCCACUUGAAGGUUGGUAUGGAGUAGUAUUAUACAACGCUUCAAGCAAUGGAUAUUUGGUGCAGCAACACAUACACAACAUAAUUCUCACAGGCAUAUAUUCCUUAUCCUCUGCAACAACCGACUAUAACUGUAGUUUAAUCAUUUAUAGUAGUUGUGAAACUUAUUCUUUUGUCUGUUUGACUGUUCAAUACUUCCCCUGGUAGCCAAAUAGCACAGCAGAAGGAACGGUAAUGAAUUUAAUCACGAUGCACAAACUGUUCAAUUCUUUACAUUGAAACCCAUUGCAACAAAUUUAGUUGGGGAGGAUGCAACAGCGUAACCGCAUUAUCAUUCAUUUCAACGGGGAAAGAUGAUUUUAGUUACAAUCACUAUUGUAGAAAUAAUUACUCGUAUUUCAAGGCACCACUGUAGUACAGUUAACUUUUACAUGCAAUAUAUCUCGAUUGAAGCAUUAAGUACCCAUAUAUUUAAGAGCAAUGCUGUUUCAACUUUCUAUAAUGUGGCUUACAAUAAUACUGAAUAUACCCCUGCCUCGGUUUUAGUGAACACUUAGGCCUACAGUAUUUCAGUGGUGCUUGGAGAGGCAUGCAUUUUUUGAGGCGGUACUUGGUGGAAAAACUUUGACAGAACCACUGUAUUACAGAACAACUAUUGUUAUUGUGUAGAAAGUAGAGUGCUGUAUUUCCAUCUCAUUCUCAGUGUUUAUUAAUGUGACAUUCUGGAGUUAUUAACAGACACCCCCCCCCCCCAAUUUAUAGAAACUAAAAUGUAAUUUAAAACUUUUUUAAAGCUAUUUGUUGACCUAUUUGCAUGAUUUUGAUCUUGAUGUAUUUGAUCUCUGUCUAUAUUCAGUAGUAUUUGUGAUGGAGCAGGAAGCAAGGAAAUAACAGCAGCAAAUCACUGGAUGAAAUAAAAAUAAUUUAUUCACUUUACAAA